AUGACGGGUAGAGGAGGAUUCAUAUUCCUUCUAGGCUUGUUUGUGUUGUCGAUGGUGGAGGUAUUCGUAAAAGCACACUCUGAAGAUGAGCACGAUGCCGAUGAGUUCCGCAAGGAAUUUGGUGAUGAACCACAACCCGACAGAACCCAAGAGGAGCACGUUGAAGUGCGAGAUGGACCUCAGUUCGCUAAUAUCAAGCAGAAACCCCUUACUGGAAAAUCGCUUCCCACUUUGAACGUUUCUUGUGGCUACAAGCAAGCAUAUGAGCAAUUUUCGAUGGCAGUGCGUGACAAAUACCCCGAAAUGCCCAUUGAGGGUAGCAAUUAUCCACCUGUCAAGUGGAAGGAAUACCUUGCACAUGCUAUCAACAUACUGAAGAUAACCGCCAUUGCAGCCAUUGUCAGUGGUAGCAAUCCGUUCCAGCUUGUCGGCCUCGGUGAACCUGCUAUUAUGCAAUGGGCCCAUUCGAAUAAGGUACCUUGA